AUGAAUUCAUCGAAUGAGACUGCUGUUUCAAUUGAUGAUUUUACGUGGUUUGAAUUCAUGUUUUAUGAAUGUGCAGGUGUUAUCGGUGCGAUUUUUAAUGUAAUCGUUUUAUAUAUUGCAUUACGGUAUAUUAACACCGAGGAUAAACCAAGACAGGUGAGAUUUUUCAAAAGUAGGAAUCUUGAAUCUUUCUCUUCCAGAUAAUUGUGAUAAAUAUGGCAAUAGCAGACUUCCUUAUGUGUAUUGUAUAUAUGGUAACUCGGCCAUAUCUCACAAAAUUCCCAAUAUUCCUUUGUCGCCCUUAUUAUAUUGUUAUUUGGACUUGUCAAAUGAGCAGUUGUCUCAAUUUGGUUUGGCUCAAUGUUGAUAAACUCAUCUAUAUUCAAUUUCCAUUACAUUACUAUCAAAUUGUGAAUCGAAGAAGACUUUUGUGGUUAUCUAUGGCGACAUGGGGAGGAUUGUUGUCGUUUAAUUUGGCUGUCGGAUACUUUUUGAAUGUUAAUGUGAGUGAGCUACUUUUUUUGGAAAGAAAAAGGAUGAUAGAAAAUUAGGUGGCUCGAAAAAUUCAACAUGUUUUAGUGAAGCUCAUUUUGACACGUCAUUCUGUUUUUCUGAUUUCUAGAAUUUAUGCAGGAGCCAGGUUUCAGAUUGCUUAAAACUUGUUCAAUUUAGAAAAAGUGCAAGUUGGGACAAUAAAAAAAUUAGUGCAAAAAUUAAAUGUAGGUUUUCAAAUAGAAAAUAAAUGUUCUGAAAAACGAACAAAAAUGUUUUGAAAAUAGUGAGAAACAUAUUACAGGUUUGAAAUUUCUAAAACUCAUAAACCCAGACUCAAUUUUCAGGGAAGCUGUAUUCAAGUAAGCGUCGAUUCAGUGCUCUACGUUCUCAGCCCAAUAUUUUACGUUGUCAUGAUUAUUGUGUCAUUCUCUUUGUCAGCCUUGAUUUAUUGCAUAGCUCAUAAUCUAGCACACAUGGAAGAACGUCAAAGAUCGGUAUGUAAAUUUGAAUCUCUUGAUGUUCAGAGUUCUAAACGAAAAUUUUGCAGCGUCUCUUCCAUCGUUUAUUUUUCCUGUUCUCCAGCACUUUAUGGACAUUUUUCACAUCACUGCCUUAUCGAUUGAUGUAUAUCAUUUUGAAGCAUUGUAAGUUUCAACAAAUCAGAUGGAUCCAUAUGACAACAACAAAAUUUCAGGUCCUCAAUGUGGAUCACAGGCGUUUUAUUGGUGUGUCACUGUAUUUUUCCGCGUUUUGAUUGUUGGAAUUAUGAUGAAUCCAGCGAUCACAAUUUGGACACAGAGGGUUUGUCUUGGAGAUCUUAUUAGAUUCAAAACACAAAUUCAUGUUAUUCUAGAUUUAUCGUCUGCGAUUGAUCCGAAUUUUUGGAAAAUUCCGAGACAACAGUUCCACUGAAGUAUUGAUGGUUUCAAAUCGACGAGCUUCGGAUAGACCUCCCGAGCAUCAACCACUUCGAUGUGAUUUAUAG